ACUUUGUCCGCAAACAGAAGGUCUGACACUUUGCAAAAGUCGGACCGAGCCGCAACAGCGCAAACUUUCGGAAGCAUGCUGUGGACAGCCGCCGUGUGGUUCCUGUGGGGAGCCUCUUGUAGCCUGGGGGCCCCAGCCGGACCCCCUAGGCAGAAGGUCCUGCUGGUGUCUUUCGACGGCUUCCGCUGGGAUUACGACCGCGACGUGGACACGCCAAACUUGGACCGCAUGGCCCGCGAUGGCAUCAAGGCCGAAUACGUGACACCGCCGUAUCUCACCAUCACCAGCCCGACGCACUUCACGCUCCUCACCGGUCGCUACAUCGAGAACCACGGUGUGAUCCACAACAUGUGGUUCAACACCAGCAGCACGGAGAAGAAGCCGUACUACCAGACGCAGUUUGUCAACGAGUGGUGGGACAACGGCACGCUGCCCAUCUGGAUCACGGCGCAGAACCAGGGCCUCAAGUCGGGUUCUCUUCACUUCCCCGGCACAGCGUCCAGCUACCGGGGCCAGACGGCCAUGGUGCGCGAAGUUGAACCACUCCUCUACAACUAUAAGAACGAGACGGCUUGGCGCCAGAAUGCCGACAAGGUGAUGGGCUGGUUCCGUGACCAAGAUCUGGACUUUGUGUCGCUGUACUUCGGCGAGCCGGACGGCACCGGUCACCGCUACGGCCCGGACUCGCCUCAGCGACGGGACAUGGUCCGGCAGGUGGAUCGGACCGUGGGCUACAUCCGGCAAUCGGCGGAGAACCACGGACUAGGCCACGUGUUGAACAUCAUCAUCACCUCCGACCACGGAAUGACCACCGUGUACCGGAACGGACUGGUGGAGGAAAUCACGCUUUCCAAGAUUCCGGGCUUCUCCUUCCGGGACGUGUCCUUCCACCUGGUGGACUUUGGGCCUUCGGGGAUGCUGCUGCCUAAGCCGGGUAAACUGGAGAAGGUGUACCAGGCCCUGAAGGGGGCGCACCCGCACCUCCACGUCUACAAGAAGGAGGAGAUGCCCGAACGGCUCCAUUUCGCUAACAACGACAGAAUCCUCCCCAUCAUUCUGCUGGCCGAUGCGGGUUAUGUCAUCAAUGGGUACUUCCCAGUGCAGUUCAACAAGGGCGAGCACGGCUUCGACAACCACGAGAUGGACAUGAAGGCUUUCUUCAGGGCGGCGGGGCCGGCGUUCCGCAAGGGCCUGAAAGUGGGCCCUUUCGAGACAGUCCACAUCUACCCACUCAUGUGCCACAUUUUGGGCAUCCGACCCGAGGUCAACGACGGCCACUUGGAUGCCACCAAGGAAAUGCUGCUCAACCACACCGGCCCGGACAUAGAAGGUGGCAAACGUGUAAACAUGGUUGGGAAGGCGUUCACCGGUUUGGCUGCGAUGGCUGGAUUUCUUCUCAUCGUUUUUGUCUCGGUUGUGGCACACAGAAUGUUCAUUGACAGACGACACAAAAGAUGUGAAGAACUGACCAAUCCUGGAGAGAUGACUGAACAAACUUCAUUUUGAGAAAAAACGUCAUUAAUUGAGUGUUUUGUUGUAUAUGUGGGAGUGUAUAUAUG